CUUCUGGGGGACCAUGCCCCCGGACCCCCCUAGAGGGUCGGGGGUUCGCCGUAGCCUUCUCACCUUUUAUUUUUUUUACCCCUGACCUGUUUGCGUGCCUGUUAUUAGCAAGGGGGUUUAGCACUUUUCCAAGGCACUGUAUUCAUAUACCACCAUACCUCUUAAUGUAUGAGUCAAGUAACAGUUAACCCUAACCCCAACAAAUAUAGUUAAUUAAAUGGAUUGAUAAUGUACUCCCAGUUCCUGACUAUUUGGAAUAACUCGGUAUACAAUUUAGUAUAUUAGAACUCAUGAAGCAAACACUUUCUUUUCGACUUCCUCAAACUCCUUAAUAAUAACAACAACAACAGUGUGAUGUAGGCUAACUAAUUCACAUGCGUGAGGAUAUUCAUACAGGAAAACUGUUCAGUUUUACUCAAAUUGGUCCUCUCUCCAAAGUUUGACUCACUAUUUCACCCAUUGGCAGUGUGUUAUGUCGAUCGUUUGAAAAGUGUCCCCCCAAAACACAAUUUCCCAUCAUUCUUAGCGAUCCUGGCACGUGGAAGGGGUGCGGAAGGGGGAGGGGAGUGGGAGAGGGGAGGCAGAGUAAUCCAAGAUGUUUAUUUGUUCAUUGUGAUUACGAAAUAACAGCACGGUUUUUCACCUCUCUGUAUUAUUUGCCUCCGUGUUGCAGCCUGGAGAAGUGACUCAGUUAUUAACAGAUUUGACGCUAUCAGAAUAAAACCACAACGGCUGUUAAUGAGGCGCUAAGGGGACUGGCAGCCUCCUGCGCGUGUGUCCUGUUCUUCUGUCAAAACGUGAAACUGCCGCUAUACUGGACUGCGGCCUGUGGCGCGGGGUGAUUCAGUUGGAGUUUACAGACGGAAUACGGGAAAUAGCUGCGAAAAAACAAAGGCAAACGAGACUAUUUAACUAUUUUAUCAGGCAUUCGGGAAGAUACCCCUUUUAACAGACGGAGGGACUUAGUCUGCCCUGUCUGCCACGCUCCAUGCCAUUGGUCAACACACCCGGAGCCCCGCCUACCGGAAGAAGAUGAUCAGGAUGUCAUUGGACAAAGAGACUGUCCUUUCCAGAGACCCAGUCCUCCCAGCAUGCCCUGGGGCUGGGAGUGGAGCUCUGAACGACCAAUCCAACAGCCUAGUCCCCAAACCAGGAAAGACACGCCCCCUCUGUCCGAAAAAUGGGAUCCAGGCUCCACCCCCACCCCAGGCCCCACCCCCUGCAUCCCAGCAGCGAAUGGCGAAGCGGCGUUACUCGGUGGGCGUUGGCUUCAAGCAUCCGGGCUUCAGCAAGCGCCGUCGCCGUGCCAACAGCGACAGCCUAUCAGAGCCCUCCCUCCCCACCAACUUCCUCCUGGGCGGGAACAUCUUUGACCCACUGAACCUCAACUCCCUAUUGGAUGAGGAGGUGAGCCGCACGCUGAACGCGGCCACACCCCAAAGCUCUCCCCUGCCGGCGCGGGCCAGAGACCCCGUCCAGAUCCUGGUACCCCGUGACAUCACGGACCCCCUCAACCUGAAGAGCGGGGGGCCAGAGGGGCUGCUGCUGUCCCCCCUGAAGAGCAGGAAGAGGCACAGGAACAGGCACCACGGGGCCGACGCCCUCUCGGACUCCGCCAGGUCGAAGGGCGCAGGUGAGCUGGUGUUGGGGGCUCAGGCUGUUGCAGUACCAGCAGCGUCCAGAGAGGGCAGUGUGACGUCUCCUCUCCCCUACGAGCUCAAUACUUCCAUCAAUUGCAGGGACGAGGUGGUCCCGCCCAUCCUGCCCCGGAGACACACCCACCCAGGUCCCUCCUCCAAGACCCGUCACCAUGCUGAUGGCCAUCGGCCACGGAAACGCCGGCGCACAACCUCCGCCAGGUCUGAGCACCCUCCGUCUCUGACUCCGCCCCCUCCGAGCUUCCACACGCCACUGGGGGCGGGGCCUCAAAGACACAAGCCGCUGGCACCCCCUCCGAGGAAGAAAAACAAGUAUCUCCACGGCAACUUCAGUCGUUACUAUGGCUACCGCGGUUGCUACGGCGCCGGAGCCGAGGGGCGGGUCGGGCCAGGGGAAGAUCCCCGCCUCGAGAUGCUGCAGCCUGAUUGGUUCAGAGGGAAGACGGCACUGGACAUUGGCUGCGGCACGGGUCACAUGACCCUGGCCAUCGCUCGCAGGUUUGGCCCCGCCCACAUCCUGGGCGUGGACAUGGAUGAGCGCCUGGUGCACGCCGCCAGGAAGAACGUACGGCACUUCCUGUCUCAAAGCCUCGCACAGGAAGCUGAGGAGAGGGGGGGGGGUGGGUCACUGGAGGAUCCUGGGAAACAAACGAUAGCUGCAGGAGUUGAUGGAAGCAGGAGGGAGGAGAGAGGAGAAGAGGGGAGGGAGGAGAGAGGAGAAGAAGAGUUACAGAGGUUACUGACAGUGUUGGGGCGCCACCCAGACAGGAAGACCCACGCCCCUUUCCCGCUCUGUCUCCGGGUGACCAGGGGCCCCCUGGCUGCUCCCCCCCUGGCCGCCUCUCCCCACCCCGGAACAUUCCCCCACAACGUCACCUUUCUCACGGGCAACUAUGUGAUGGACAGGGAGGCAGGGCUGGAGCAGUAUGAUGUCAUCCUGUGUCUGGGCAUGGCCAAGUGGGUGCAUCUUCACCAUGGUGACUGGGGAGUUACCAGGCUGUUCAGACGAGCCUAUCAAAGCCUCCAGCCUGGAGGACACUUCCUGCUCGAGGCCCAAUCAUGGAGCAGCUACUGUCACAGCAAGAGGACCUCGGAGACAACGUUGAAGAACUUCCGUAACAUUCGUCUGCGUCCGGAGAAGUUCUGUUCCUAUCUGACCUCCUCCAAGGGAGGGUUCUCCUCCUACCACCUCCUCCUCUCAGACACAGGUUACCACAGGCCCAUCUACCUUUUCCACAAAGGCCCCACUUCCAGGAAGUGACACAACAGGAAGGAAAUGGCGGUCAGCCCAGGGCUUGGUGUGUGACUGGAUAACCUCUGACUACAAGAAACUGAUUGGUCGAUGCUGACAGCUAGACCACAGGAUUGGACAGCUCUGUGAUCACGUGAUCUGCUCUGUGAUCACGUGAUCUGCUUGUUCACAGAAGACUGGGAGACACAUAACACACACACACACAUCACACAUACCUAACACACACCUAGCACACACACACACACAUAACACACACACACACCUAGCACACACACACACACAUCACACACACACAUCACACACACACACAUAUCACAUGUGUGUGUCAGAGAGAGAGUGUGUGUGUGUGUGUCAGAGUGUAUGUGUGUGUGUCAAAGAGUGUGUGUGCGUGUGUCAGUGUGUGUGUGUGUGUGUGUGUUAACUAUGUCAGAGAGUGUGUGUGUUAACCAUGUCGUAGUUUCUAUUUUUCAUCAAUAAAGUGUAUUGAUUAACCUGCCCUUUCUCUCUAUUAGCAGCAAAUUACACUGACUGGUUAUGAAGACUGGUUGUUAUGAACUGACUGGUUGUUAUAAACUGACUGGUUAUGAAGACUGGUUGUUAUGAACUGACUGGUUGUUAUAAACUGACUGGUUAUGAAGACUGGUUGUUAUGAACUGACUGGUUAUGAGUAAAAACCUGUUUCCUUAGUUUCUUCUAAAUCCUGUCUGCAGUUCUCUCUCCAGCCACCAGGUGUGGCUAGAGGCUGACAGGACUCAGACCUGGCCUGAAGACACCAGAAAAACACAAUUUAUUUUAUAUAUUCAAUCUUUUCAUAUUAAAGAUCAUAUAUACUAUAUUUCCAAACAUACGUCUAACCAGGCCACUCCGUGUAUCUGAUCCAUGAAACAGCGUAGAGUUAUAUACUUAUGAUAUAUGUUGCUGCUGUAGUUUCUAUAUGCAGUAUUAAUAUUUACUUUGGAUAAAACUGUUUGCUACAUCAAUAAAACGUCAAUGUAAAACGUUAAAUAUAUAUUUUCAUGUAUAUGCAUCUCACUAACUGAUGUAUAACUGCUGACUCCGCUGCUGGUUACCUCAGGACAAACUCAGACAUAUUGAUGAUAUUGUGUAGUUUAUUGAUUAGCAUAAUCACAUUAGUCCCAAACUUGAUUAGAAUAUUCAACACAAUGUUUCCA